AUGGCGAAAGCACAUCUCGGCAACGAUGAGUUCUUUACAAAACUCACUUCCCUAAUUGCUAAAACCCAAGAAAAGGGCCACGGCUCCAUCUUCCUCACACAGAAACGAUUGACCUACCCCGCAUCAACACCAGUCAACCCAUCGCAAACCCUCGACCCUCUCCACGAUCUCAACCCUCCGUCAGAUCCUCUCCCCAUAAUCAUCCGAGCCACAGACGGGAAAUCACAGUCCAAAGACUCGAAAAAGACCACCGCACAAAAGAUCAAACUCAGCACUAUUGUCCAGCCAGAUGAUCUGGAAAGCUUCUUCGCGAAAUAUGCAGAAGUGUGUAAAACGGGAAUGCAGAGUUUGAAGAAGAGAGAUCGUAGUAAGAGGAAGAAGGUCAAGGGGAAGGCUGCUUCGGCGAGUAAGAAAUGAUCAUAACGAAGGGGCGGAGAAGUUUUUGAAAGCUAGCGGCACCUAGAGAACGGGAUAGGCGGACGAGGGAUUGAAGGGGGUGUGGUAUUGGAGGAGGAGGAGGAGACAUCACACCCGCGAAGAUGUCCCGAGAGGGCAUGAUAUGAUGGACAUGAUGUGGUGGACAUGAUAUGGAUGAUGAUUCAUGGCUGUCAGCUGGAUUCAAGAAGGCACCAUCCAAUGAAGCGAUGGGCUGUACGUGGCUUUGAAGAUCUGAGACACCGAAGACUGCUUGAUCGCGAGGAGAGAGUAUGCGAUGCAAUGUCUCGCCGACUUCGCGCCCGAGGUCAGCAAGGCUUCAUAAAUUGCUAGCAGGAUAUCGUGACUGCGGUGCCUAAGGUCUUGCCCCCACAUUCAAACAAAAAAUAGCUGGAUCGUUCUCAUAUUCGGCCAAAUUGUGCGAGAGGAUAGAUGGAUGCUAUCCCAAAGCCAUCAAUCGAAAUGCU